GCAGAUAAAGAAACCUUUUCUUUUGUAUGAGAACAUUUUGAACGGUUCCUUCUAUGCUCCACGUGUGUUUGUGCAGGCAGGCGACAGGCUGAUGGUGGAUUUGUGCACGCACUGCGAGUGUAUCAUUGAAAAGGGUGCCGUGAAGAAAUACACUCUGUCCUGUAGGAGAAUCAAAUGUCCCACUUGCACUAUGGGAUACACUCUGCAGAAGGAGGAUGAUGCUUGCUGUGGCCGAUGUGUUCCCACGACCUGCUUCAUGCAAAGGCCAGACGGGAAAAUGAUCACAGUGCAGGUGAACACCACCAGCGAAGAGGGUUGCAGCUUGUACACGUGUGGUGUAAACGGUAAAGGGGAUCUUGUCCUUCAAACAAGAGUGACCUCCUGCCCUCCUUUUGACCGUCAAAUUUGUCUGGAUCAAGGGGGGAAAAUUAGCCGGAUCGGAACAACUUGCUGUGAGAUGUGUAAGUACAUCUGGUGCCUUUGCAAUACUGUACUGGGAAACAGCCGGAUAUUCAGACUUCAUUUUCACGGUGUUGGUGUUGGUGUUGGUGCUAUGCACACUCAACUGAAGUUGAAGGGAUGCUACAGUGAAAACUCGACCAUGAUGUGGAGUGAAAAUUCAACUCAACGUUAGAAGGAUUGCCGUCCGCCAUUUGUGUA